CCUCUGAGCAACACUGUUCUAAUUCUAAUUAGAAUUAUUUACACGGUUCUGAGGAAUAAUUAGCCAUGCCAACAAAUGCCCAUAAAUACAGCAUACUGCUGCCCACCUACAAUGAAAAGGAUAAUUUGCCCAUUAUAAUAUGGCUAAUUGUGAAAUACAUGAAGGCCAGCGGCCUGGAAUACGAGGUGAUUGUUAUUGAUGAUGGCAGUCCGGAUGGAACACUGGAUGUGGCCAAGGACUUGCAGAAGAUUUACGGCGAGGACAGGAUUGUGCUGAGACCCCGCGGCUCCAAAUUGGGCCUUGGGACGGCCUACAUACAUGGCAUCAAACAUGCCACCGGGGACUUUAUUGUUAUCAUCGAUGCGGAUUUGAGUCAUCAUCCCAAGUUCAUCCCGGAGUUCAUCAAGCUGCAGCAGGAGGGAGACUAUGACAUUGUGUCCGGCACUAGGUACGCUGGUGAUGGAGGCGUCUUCGGCUGGGACUUUAAGCGCAAGCUCAUCUCGCGUGGCGCCAACUUUCUGUCCCAGGUUCUCCUCCGUCCGGAUGCCAGUGAUCUGACUGGGUCCUUCCGGCUCUACAAGAAGGAUGUCCUGGAGAAAUGCAUCGCGAGCUGCGUGUCCAAGGGCUAUGUUUUCCAAAUGGAGAUGCUGGUCCGGGCCAGACAGCAUGGCUACACCAUCGCCGAGGUGCCCAUCACCUUCGUGGACCGCAUCUAUGGCACCUCCAAGCUCGGCGGCACCGAGAUCAUUCAGUUUGCCAAGAACCUGCUGUAUCUGUUUGCAACCACAUAAAGAACACCACAAUCCACCAUCAA